AUUAGGAAAACCAAGCAGUCAGCAGUGAUUCGUUUCUCACUCUAUACUUACUUCGUAAAGCAAUACCGUGCUCUAAAAAGAGAGAAAUUCACAAUGGCUUCUUCGACAUGGCAAAUGUGUUGCAUUCUUGCAGCGUUCUGUAUCGUCGCUGAAGUAAGUAGCAAUCCAGUUUCCCACAUCGAAGCGAAGUCAGUGCAAAAGCAUGCUGGGCCUCCACAGAAACAGACCAUGUUCGAUUUUCCAGUAAACCAAGGAACAGGUCCAAGCUUUUCUGGUCCAAGUUUCGGUGGUCCAAGCAUUGCGGGAAGUUCCCUGGGCUACACGAGUCCCGGCUCCUCUUCCGAAGAAGUAUCCGACGUCGACGUGGAGAUGGAUAUGGACAUCAACGACGUCGACAGUGUCCUGUCUGUCGUCUUCGGAAGGAACGGGAAUCAGAUCAGUGGGAAUAUGCGUCCACUUCUUCCGGGGAACAGAAGACAGCGAGUCCUGUCUGCAGGUGUGGAAGCAGGCGAAUAUGACCAGCUCAAGGGAAGAACCUCCGGGUCAUCGGGACGGGGUGUUGGUAUUGCCUUUGGGGUUCUAGGACUACUCGCACUUGUUGUAGCUUCCGCUUUCUUUACAAUCAGGAAAUACAGGCAUGACAUACCCGUCUUGGUCCGUACAUAACCGUUUGUUAUCUGUAUUUUAGCUAAUUUUCAACGUGUAGUAAAUCGUAGAAGUGGAUAGUCCAUUUAUAUUUUUAGAUUUGAUUACAAUAUUCUUCCAUGGGGUACCAGAUGUUCCUGUGUAUCUUUUCUAGAGUGACCAUCAAUACCACUGGUGUACUUGGUCAAAUCCUUUCGUGUUCUCUCUUCUUAACCUAACAUAUCCUAACGUAUUUAUUAAGUUCACGUUUUCCGCUUGAAAGAGAUUUUUCGGAACACUGCCGACACUUGCCUUGCAGAAUCUGCUAUAUAUCUGCCGCUGAUGAGUACAGUGACAUUUAUAGUGUCGUCUGAAUAAACUACAGUUUAAUUUCAUUGGCCAUAUCAACUUGUAUUUCAUAUGAAAUGUAAAUAACCAUUCAUGAACAUAUGAGCACAUAUCCUUAUUUUAGACAUUUCUAAAGCAUUUGUCACUUACUUUUUAUUAAACAAACUUGAGGGCAGAUACCUUCUUGUUUUAUUGUGUCUAUCAUUCACGCAAUUCUAAUUAAUGUUUAUUUUACAAACAGGGGUAGAUCACGUUGGACCUUCCUACAUUACUUUCAUUAAGUGGAUAAGGUUGACUUAGAUUCCCUAUUUAUUUAGCUCGUAAUCUUUUGUAUUUGUAUCUAUUACUUGUUAAUGUUUUAUACAAGACCUACGAAUAAAUACUGGUAGACCUAUGAAUAUGAUCAUGAUGAUAUAUAAAUUGAUAACUUUCAUGUGCGACUGAAAUAAA